AUGCGGCCCGCUCCUGCUAAUCCUCCAGGAUCCCUUCCAGUCACCACUUUAGCGGCCACUCGCGGUAGCGACGUGCUUCAGGGAGGCCCGGCUGGCAACGGCGAUGUCCUGUCCCCCGAACACAAUCACACAGACAACAAUAACGACGCCAAAAAGAGUCGGGGACGGCCUCCACAUGACGUUUUGAAGAUGAAGAGGAAUGUAUGGUCCCGCUUUGAUGGACCAAUACGAGCGUUCCUCACAUGA